AUGAGGAACAACAAGAAAAAAGACAAAACUAGGACAAAACCUAAAAUAACUAUGAAAAGAGCAUUUUCUCAAUUCUCAACGGUGCUCUCUAAGGCAGAGAAUGAAGAUUUGAGAUCUACUUUGCGGCUAUUAACGAAAGGUUCUUCAACCAUAGGGGAAACAAUACAAGGCGGGAACCAUUUACCACAUCGUUUGGAUGCUACUACAAAGACAAGUGCUCAAACAGAUAAGAAGCAUGUGGAUACCAUCUUAAAAGUGUUAAAUUCCACACUACCUGAUCCAAAGAGGAAUAUUAAGAGAAUAAAUACCCAUUAUGAUGUACUAUUUGGACAAUUGCAAAAGAUAAUCACGGAAUCCAUUGCAACUUCAUCGCCAAGUUCAUCCCCAAAAGCAAGGAACACUACCUCUCUUUCUAGUGAUCAAUUAUAUGAUAGGUUAAUGCUGUUGCAGUAUACGAAUGAAUUAAAGAUUUCUGAUAUCAUUAAGAUUUUAUUAUCGAAAAACUUCCAGAAAUUCCCUGAAUUAUUAUCCAAUAUUAAUGUGUUUAAACCAAUAACUCAAUUAGAAAUAUUAAUAAUAGCAUACUAUAGAACUAAAGAUGUAAAACUUCUUGAAACAUACAAUACAGAAUGGUUACAUCGUUAUCAUGAUUUACAUGUGUCAAUACAGAGAAUCCUUUGGAAAUGUCAACCAAGAACUAUCCCAAUCGAAGACAUUAUUGAACAGAUUCCUCAAUGGUCCGCUCCAAAGGAUUUCAUAAUAAUGUAUCAAAGUUUAUAUACUGACAUUAACAGAUUACCCAUGGUAGAUGAAUCGUUACAAGGCAAUUUUACGAAAAAUCAAAAGAUAUUUAUUGACUCGUUACGAAUAGUUGAUAAAUUUACUGGUGUGACGGAUAAGACAAAACAAUGGCUCAUUCAAAUUGUUAAAUUGAGCAUUGAAGAUAAAUUAACAUUUGAAACUGUUGAACAUAUUGAUGGUAAGAAUAUAUCCCUUUAUCAAUUCAAAUUCUUAAGGUCGUUAGAGUUAAUUCUUCAAAAUUUCCAAAAGUUUAUGGCAAAGCAAGAACUAGCAGUACAAGAGAAUGAGUCCACGCGAGAGUUACUAAAUGAAUUGCAAGGAAUACUGGAGGAUAUCAACACUGAAGAGCAAGAAAUCAAGACGCAGAUCUCACUAAAGUUCAUAUAA